GUGAUUGCGCGUCUGAAAAAACGCUUUAAAGCACUGAAAUUGGUCGAUUAUUUGUAUUGGUGUCGUAAAUUUCGUUAUGGAACGUUUUGAUUGAAGCGAUUCGACGCCCUCUGUGGGUCACCAUGACAAAUCACUGGUUAUUGAACAGGAGACGAAGAGCGUCGCGAUACGAACUUGGCGAGGACGGGGCUACCAUCGACCGUCCUUGUCGGUCUUGCGUGAAAGUAAAAGAGAGCGGUUGAAAGUUCCACCAACAUGAGGAGAAGCUGCAAAAACACGAUGUCGAACGUCGCCGCGAUUUUCAGUAUUGCGGCGGCAACGGAUGUAGAUGUAACGCGAGAGAGGUGUUGAUGGUCCUCAAAGACACUCUAAGUGCACUGUGACCGAGAAGCCGCCACGAUGAGGAGGAACGUCAAGGUUUUGCUGCUCUUCUCCAUGGCAUGGAUGUUUGUUAUUAUUUACUAUUUGCAAACCACCGGAGACUCGAAGACUGAAAACCGAGCUCUAAGACUGAAAGAAGGGGUGACAAUGGCGCAAUACAGCGACGACUCGGCUCCAGGACCGGCGGUCCCUAUGGCCUUACAGAGUCUGGAAACGACGGAUAGUCGCCUCACUUGGAAUUAUUUCGACGAAACUGGUUAUGUGUCCAGAGGAGGACUCAGACAAGGAGAGGAUCCCUACAUUCGCAAUAGGUUUAAUCAAGAAGCCAGCGAUAAUCUUCCGAGUAAUAGGGAAGUACCGGACACCAGGAAUGCGAUGUGUCGACGAAAGCACUGGAGGGCCGACCUGCCCCCAACCAGCGUGAUAAUAACUUUCCACAACGAGGCUCGUUCCACCCUCCUCAGGACCGUUGUUAGCGUUCUCAACCGGAGUCCGGAACAUCUGAUCAAAGAGAUUAUUCUUGUGGACGACUUCAGCGAUAAUCCUGAGGACGGAGAGGAGUUGGCCAAGAUCCAAAAAGUCCGGGUGCUUCGCAAUGAUAAACGUGAAGGAUUGAUGAGAUCGAGGGUGCGAGGGGCGGAUGCGGCCACAGCUUCUGUACUCACGUUUCUGGACAGCCACUGUGAGUGCAAUGUCAAUUGGCUCGAGCCUCUGCUGGAAAGGGUCGCCGAGGAUCCCACUCGCGUAGUUUGUCCGGUUAUAGACGUAAUCAGCAUGGACACGUUUCAGUACAUCGGAGCUUCGGCUGAUCUGCGAGGGGGCUUUGAUUGGAAUUUGGUUUUUAAAUGGGAAUAUCUGGGGUACGCUGAAAGGGAGAGUCGCCAGAGGGAUCCCACACAAGCAAUUCGGACACCGAUGAUCGCUGGGGGCCUUUUCGUCAUAAACAAAGCGUAUUUCGAAAAACUGGGCAAAUAUGAUAUGAAAAUGGACGUGUGGGGAGGGGAGAACCUUGAAAUUUCGUUCCGGGUGUGGCAGUGCGGGGGUAGUUUAGAAAUAAUUCCUUGUAGUCGGGUGGGUCACGUGUUUAGGAAGAGACACCCUUACACUUUUCCCGGGGGUAGUGGUAACGUUUUCGCUCGCAAUACUCGUCGUGCUGCUGAAGUCUGGAUGGAUGAGUAUAAACAUUUCUACUACGCUGCCGUCCCUCUAGCCAAAAAUAUUCCAUUUGGAGAUAUCUCUGAACGUCUGGAAUUAAGGCGGAAUCUCCAGUGCAAGCCGUUUAAGUGGUACUUGCAGAAUGUUUAUCCGGAAUUGGGGAUUCCGCAAGCGACUUCUGCCCAUGUGGGCGAAUUGCGUCAAGGACUGUACUGUCUAGAUACCAUGGGACAUUUGAUUGAUGGUACCGUCGCGUUGUAUCAAUGCCACCAUACCGGUGGUAAUCAAGAAUGGGGUCUCACUAGUGGUGGUUUGAUUAAACACCACGAUUUGUGUUUAACUUUGGAUGAUUAUAUAAAGGGUGUGCAGGUCGUUAUGAGGAUCUGUGAUGGGUCAGAUAGCCAGAAAUGGCAUUUGAUCGAACCUGGUGGUUUGUUGCGACAUUCCAGGUUUCCUCUAUGCUUAGAUUCUAGGUUUACGGACGUUAAGGGUAUUACGGCCGAGCGAUGCAAUAGUAAUUUAGAGACGCAGAGGUGGAAGCUUACCAGUACAUCGUAAUUUGAUUGUUUUUCAAUUUCUAGUCAAUUUGAGAAAGACGCAAGACCGGAAAGUGUAAUUGACACUGCAAUCAAAAAAUAAAGACAUAUACAUUAGAUCAUCGUAAACCGUAAAUGUUGUAGAUAUUUUAUACAAAAUUCAUAUUUCAUAUUUAUAACGGAAUUGUUGAUAAACUGGGUAAAGUUUGACGCUUUUUUGGUUCCGGUUGUUAGUGUAAUUCAAAUUAUUUUCAAAUACUCAUUAUCUUUAGGGCCAGUGUUGAUCAUUAUAUAGAUUAUUAUCAAUUCAAUCAUUUUAUUUAUCAUGUUGGUGCUGAUUUAAUACAAAAAGGGUUGCCAUUUUUUGUAUUAAUCGAGCAAUGUUUAAUAAGUGGUUGUGAUAUUUUAGGAAACUUAGUCAUUUAACUAAAUACUAUCAAAUUUAAGUUCCAAAACGGGUAUAUCUUCAACCCUACACUUUUGUUUAGUGUAUUUUCUACUUAUUUCUGUUUAGUUGAAAUGUGACUGCAGUAUUUUUACUAAUAUUAUUUUGUUUUCAUGCAAGGUUAUGUAGACAAUAAUUAGCAUCCUGUAAAAGACUCCUAAUGAUAUCGUUUGUGUUACCUUAUUCACAUUUGUUUAUUUUGAACUUAUUUUUUAUGUAAAUAUGUUAUUUUUCAAUUGUACUUACCAGAAAUUAUUGUAAAUAUUUAUAGUAAAUUUAUGUAAAAAUUUUGUA